AUGUCGGAUUCCCCCCAAUCCCCUCCCAAGGAGGUUGACCAAGGUGCACCGUCACCCGACGAGGAAGCACAAAUGAAUGAUCAACAAGACCCACAGGGUGCUGUCUCGGGCUAUGAGUUCGAAGGCGUGAAAGAGCAGGAUCGGUGGUUGCCCAUAGCCAAUGCCCUGCAGAUCUGGUCGUCCAUGUCUUGCGAUUCGUCCUCCAAGUCACCAAAGGCGCCUCGGGCCUUCAAGGUCGACAAAUCUGACGAGCUUGAUGCUAAUAUUCGCAACUUUGCUCCAGUGGCCCGCAUCAUGAAGAAUGCUCUCCCUGAGAAUGCCAAGAUCGCCAAAGAGGCCAAGGAGUGUAUGCAGGAGUGUGUUAGCGAGUUCAUCUCCUUCAUCACCAGCGAGGCGUCGGAGAAGUGCCAACAGGAGAAGCGAAAGACCGUUAACGGCGAGGACAUUCUUUUCGCCAUGACCUCGCUCGGCUUCGAAAACUACGCCGAGGCCCUCAAGGUGUAUCUCUCCAAGUACCGUGAGCAACAGAACCAGUCCAACCGAGACAGGGUCCUGGAGAACACUACCUGGCCAGGACCCAUGAUGGGCGGCGAAAAGGGUGAGGGUGGUGCCGAGUUCCCCAGUGGUGAAGGCGCCAACAGCGUCGAGGGUGGUGCCGACCCCAAUUACAUGUACGGCUCUCAGGCCGGUCACAAUGGUGCGGGUGCGGGUGACGGCUACUAG